AUGGCGGACCAACACACACCCGAGGUGGACCUCGAUAAUGUCAUUGACCGACUGCUGGAGGUGCGAGGAUCAAGGCCGGGCAAGCCGGUGCAUCUGGAGGAGUACGAGAUCAAGUACCUCUGCCUCAAGGCAAGAGACAUUUUCAUCAAUCAACCCAUCCUGCUGGAACUAGAGGCCCCGAUUAAGAUCUGUGGUGACAUCCACGGUCAAUACUACGAUCUUCUGCGUCUGUUCGAGUACGGUGGAUUCCCUCCAGAGGCAAAUUACCUCUUCCUAGGCGACUAUGUUGACCGAGGCAAGCAAUCACUAGAGACCAUCUGCCUGCUCCUGGCUUACAAGAUCAAGUACCCGGAAAACUUCUUCAUUCUGCGAGGCAACCACGAGUGCGCCUCAAUCAACCGUAUCUACGGAUUCUACGAUGAAUGCAAGCGUCGAUUCAACAUCAAGCUGUGGAAGACCUUUACGGACUGCUUCAACUGUCUGCCCAUCGCAGCUAUCAUUGAUGAGAAGAUCUUCACAAUGCACGGAGGACUGUCGCCUGACUUGCAGAGCAUGGAGCAGAUCAGGAGGGUGAUGAGGCCGACGGAUGUGCCGGAUACAGGUCUGUUGUGCGAUCUGCUAUGGUCAGAUCCUGACAAGGACAUCUCUGGAUGGUCCGAAAAUGAUCGUGGUGUCUCCUUCACAUUCGGACCAGACGUGGUGUCUCGCUUCCUGCAAAAACACGACAUGGACCUGAUCUGUAGAGCUCAUCAAGUCGUAGAGGAUGGAUACGAAUUCUUUGCAAAGAGGCAACUGGUGACGUUGUUCAGUGCACCGAAUUACUGUGGAGAGUUCGACAAUGCGGGAGCAAUGAUGAGUGUGGACGAUUCGCUGUUGUGCAGCUUCCAAAUUCUGAAACCAGCAGAAAAGAAGAGCAAGUACGCAUACGGAGGCAUGAAUGCCGGACGGCCAGUGACACCCCCUCGCAAGCAGAAGAAGGGCAAGGAGGGCAAGGCCUGA